CUCGUACCUCGGAUCUGCCGGCGCAGCUCUGCGGUUCCCCCCGCGCCGACAUGGCGGCUCACAAGCCCGUGGAGUGGGUCCAGGCCGUGAUCACCAGGUUUGAUGAGCAGCUUCCCAUCAAAGUGGGACACCAGAACACUCACACCAAAGUCAGCACCGAGCACAACAAGGAGUGUCUGAUCAACAUCUCCAAGUACAAGUUCUCCCUCGUCAUCAGCGGCCUCACCACCAUCCUCAAAAAUGUCAACAACAUGGUGAGUGUGCGAGCAGGACACCCUGCAGCUCUACCCGGGUUGCAUGACCUCAGGGUCACACUGGUGUGUAGACGACUCUGCUCGUUUACAUACAGAAAUCAUGUUGAGAUAAUGUAAACAAAUGCUUUCAUGUUAUUUAUUGUAAUGAUCACGUUGCACAGUCUCUCAGCUCUUGUUUCUCAACCCUCGUUUCUAAGCUCAGCUCUCGUCUCUCGACCCUCG